GGGAAGAAGAGGCUCCCGCAAGAAGAGGACGAAUUGAACGGGCUGCAUUAGCAAGAGAAGAGAGUGUGGAGAGCGGAAUGGGGAAAUUUCAGUCCAAACACGCCGCAUGCAAGAGAAGAGAAAACCCAGAAGGGGACAGCUUUGUGGUGAACUCCUACGUGGGCAACCGUAAAGGCUUGGAAGAAGGAGAGAGGUUUGGAGUCGGGGAGCACAGGUCGAGAGACAAACAGGAGCUACUGAAUGGGGAACUGAAAGAGGGACAUUUUCGGGAGGACCAAUGCCCCCUGGAGGUUGCCCUUCCUCCUGAGAAAGUAGAAGGAUGUGAAGGUUACAUACAGCCUUUUAAUCUAGAAGAUGGAGAAAAAAUUGCGAAUAAAGACAUAAACCGUGGAAUGGGGAAGAAGCGAUUAAAUAUUGAUGAACUUCAGUGUGAUGUCUCAGUGGAAGACGACAAUCGUCAAGAAUGGACAUUUACCCUAUAUGAUUUUGACAACAGUGGAAAAGUAACCAAAGAGGAUAUGUCCAGCUUGAUGCACACCAUUUAUGAAGUUGUAGAUGCUUCAGUCAAUCAUUCCUCCACCAAUAGCAAGACACUCCGGGUGAAACUGACUGUGAGCCCAGAACCUUCCAGCAAGAGGAAGGAGGGACAUCCAGAUCGAGAAGCUAUUCGAUGUAAAACCGAAGGAGAGCACCCUGAAGAAAUAAGGAUUGCAGACAAGAGACUAUCUGCUCACGUCAGGAGGCCAAACAAUGACCACCACCAUUACACCGUGCGUGAGCAGUACUGUGUUGAUGAAAAUACUGAGAGAAGGAACCAUUACCUUGAUCUUGCUGGAAUUGAGAACUACACUUCAAAGUUUGGCCCAGGUUCCCCUCCAGCACAACCCAAACAAGAACACCACGGCAAACCCUCCCAUUCCCAAAACAGGUCACGUUCCCAGGAGUCCGAGGCCCACAUGGUGCAUCACCGGAGGUCGCAGGUGCUCGCUGAUUAUUCUAUCCCGGCCGCUGAACCCAGCCCGAGGGUCUUGGAGAUGCAACAAAGGUUAAAAGGCCAAGAGAAGCAGUUCCUGAAAUCGCCCAAGGGUUCUGGCAAAAUGCCAGCCAUGACAGGUGGCAACGGGAGUGGGAAGCCAGGGAAAGCAUUUAACUACUACCUGCCAGCCACACCCUCCCCAGCAGCUCAGGAUGUGUACCAUCUCCAGCAACAGCCGCACCCUCACAAGAAGUACCGGCAGAAGGCCAAGGAUGCUCACUCCCCACUGAAAGCCACUCACUCCCAGCCCGCUGUCUUGGAGCAUGAGGUGAUCCGGGAUUUACCCCCUGUCUUAACCAACGAGGGCUACGUCAUUCCGGUCAUUCAGAGACAUGAGCAUCACCACCACCACGAACAUCACCACCAUCACCACUAUCAUCACUAUCACCAGUCCUGAGGGAGGAGCUGACCUUCAGUCAGGAGGCAAUCCCAGUGAACUGUGUCUCCAACAAUGGAGUUUAGGACUGGAGAAAGGGAAGGGGGCAGCAGGGACUGGGUCAGAAGGGAAAGGGGAGAGUGUAUUCAUCUGUUUACUAAUUAUAGCAUUUGGGGUCAUCUUUUCUUCUGAAAUGAAGUGUUGGCAUAUCCAUGCAAAAGAAAUUGCUGAAUUUAUAAUUGCUUUUCACUUAAAAAAAACCCCACCUUACAGAUUUGCAUAAAGAAUAUUAUUUUCUUUUCUAUUAAAUAUUUAGCUCUAGUUCUCAGGUGUGGGUGCAGCUCCAAAGUUGUGCCAUGAUGCUCUACAGAGAGGUCUUUUAAAAAAAAUACUGUAGUCUCAUAAUGUUCUUAAUGAACGCUUUUGAGGCCACUGCCACCUCUCAGUUAGAAUGCUGUUUUAUGUACUCCAUAAAAACCAUAUAUAUAUUUGUAGAAAGAUAAAUUUAUAUCAGCUUAUGUUUAUAAUUCCAAGAUGAGGCCUUCUUUUUGGUAAAAAAAAAAUAUUAAUAAUAACCUCUACUCAGAUGAUCUUAAGAUAUUUUUCUCACAACUUUGUUGGUUAUUUCUAUUGGUGCUUCCAACCAUUUUCUGGAAAGUUGUCAGAUGAUUGGUAGCUAACCUUUGAGCAUAGGUCGUGUAUGUCCAGAGUGAAUGUAAUGCAUUGUAACCUUUAAAAUAAUUUAUUUGUUAUUAGAUCAUGAUGGCGGUUUGACUAACAGCAUUUUCAUGGUCUGCAGAAUUGGGGGUGGUUCCUUUUUAUAUGUGGUGUGAAGCACUGACCAUAGUGAGGGAAAGGCAGUAAGUAGCAUGGUGCUGAGUGUUUGCUAUUGGUCUGAGUGUUGUUGCUGUUUCUGGGAAAGGAAACUUAGGUGACUUCCUGCCUGAGACCCAGAUGUGAGUCACGUGACCCAGUGGAAAGAGCAGUGAACUAGAGAGACAUUGAUGGGACCUCAGUUCUAAUGCUGGCUCUAGCCACAGGCUGGUGGUGUUAUCGUGGUCAAAUCGUGACCCCUCUGGACCUCAGUUUCCUCAUCUGUAAAGAGGUUAUUCUAAGUUAUCUUUUAAGUCCCUUCCAACUUCCUAACUCUACUCAAAGGAAUGUUAGAUCCAAGGGAAAAAGGAAAGAGUGGAGAAAGGUAAACAUGGUUGAUUGCUACCAUUUCACUAAAGCAAUGAUACCCCUCGAGUAAACUAAGGAAAAGGAAUCCUCUUCACUUGGGGUACAGCCAACAACUAAGUGGAAUCAUAGUGGAAAAGUGGGUAGUAUUGGAGGUGGAAGGGAGCAGAAGGAGGUAGGAUCAGUGGAUUGAAGGCAGGAUUCUGGUCCUGGUUCUAGGACCUUGAGCUCCAUUUCUUUGUGCCUCAGUUUCCUGACCUCUAAAAUGGGCAUCUCCCACAGCGGAAGGAGAGUGUAUGGGUUUUAUUGUGAAUCGGUCAUGUGAAGAGUAGGGAAUGGCAUGAUAUUAAUUGGAAGUAUUAUUGUAACUAUGGCACAACUGCCCUCUGAGUUGAGAAAAUGGACACUUUUAACUCCCAUAUCCCCACCAAAGCUAUCUUCUUAACAUUAGGUCACCUUUUUCAAUUAGAAAAAGGACUAAACAUUUGGGAUGCAUUCCCCAAGAGUUGGGUAGUACCUUGAAUGAAUUUUAGUGUUCUGUAGUAUAAGGUAAGCAAUUGAGACUCGUGGUUCUGGUUAGGGUGGGGAAGUGCAGGAGAUACACUAGUGGAAAGGUAAGAGAUGUGUUGUUUGGGUUUGUUUGUUUUUUUUGUAAUUUGUGAAUUUGUAUAUCUGACAAUGUAUUUGCUUUCUUAACAUUGUACUGGUAUAACAAUAAGCAACAUUACAUUGGAUUUUUUCAAAUGUCAUAAUAAAGUAUGUGUCUUUAUAAUAUUAUACACUACUUUAAAAGCAAGCUUUUCCUCAUAUAUACAGUCCAUAUAUAUCUAUGUCAAUGUAUGAUUAUAGAUAUAUAGAUAU